AUGACUGAAAUCACAGCAGCAAUUGCCCACAGGAAGGGAAAGCUGGAAGUGAUUGUCACCAAAGCCCUGCAAGCGUUUGUGAUCAAUGGUCUGGCUUCCAUUCACAAGAGUCCUGAAUUCAAGAUGACUCCGACUACCGUAAUACAUGGAACUGUAUACCGCUAUUUCGGAAUUGAUCAACCGCGAGGAGUAUACUGUGCUCUGCUGAGCGCCUACUUUGCCGAAUGGGAUCGAUACACCGCGAGUGCCACAAAAGUCGACCAUCUACUGCGUCAUCUCAAUGAACACCACAUUCAAGGAAAAUCAGAAAAGGGAAAGAAGGGCAUCUACCCCAUUCGCCUUCUUCACUUUGUCCAGUGGCGAUCGCAAGUCUGGCAGAAAGUCUCUUCUCGUAUUGAUGAUUGUGUUGAGCGGGCGAUUCAGACCGAUGAUAAGAAUUCAUUUAGGGUCUUCGGUAUGUACAAAAAAUGGGCUGAUUUGCAUCCUACUUGCAAGGAUAGUAAUCUGAUCCAGCUUCGCAAGAGCCUCGAGGCACCGUUUGUUGAUGAGGUUAGGGAGCAUGAGAUCAAAGUUGCCAAAAUUGCUUUGGAGAUUGCAAGGCACAGAGCAGAGUGUGCAAAGACCAUUGCACAGAAUGCAGAAAACGAACUGCACAUGUUGGAAGAGGGGCACGACAGCAUGAUGAAUCCGCUUCAUGGGGAGCCCAUCGACGUGAUGCUUAAGUCUGAAGAGGAUGUCGACGACAUAAUGCAGUCGCCAAGUUAUACUACCUUGGGGGGGGAAACAGUUCCCUAUGAUGAUCCUGAUGUGGGACGCUAUCUUGGUCAACUUUCGUAG